AAAAUAUAUUCGAAAUAGUUACCAAAAAUCUGUCUGUGAAAAUUCUUUAAUUAAACUAACAAACUAAAUAUGGUCAUAUUUGGAAACACCCUACUAAAAGCCCUUCGUCAGUUGAAAGUGCCCUCAACCGCCGAACAAGUAGCUGAACAAAUAGCAAAGAAGUCGAAGAAAAAGUACCAGUUGCUUCUUCAGGAAGUAACGGAGGGUUUAGCAACUGGAGCACGCCUCCGUUACUUCAAUUACAAAGAUGGAUUUUAUCACACUUCUGGAACAAAGAAAAAUCGUCGUAAAGAUGUUCUGACGAAGUCUGAAAUCAGCUAUUGUCAAUGCCCGUCGCACGAGUCUGUCACUAACGGACUUCCGAUUAAUCAUGCACACCAUGUUUCAGGUUCUAAGAUUUCCAUAGAAACAAAAUCGGUUGUAGAUAAUAAAAAAAAGAAUUGUUCAGUAGACAAAGAUAACGAGGAUGCGACUAUAGGCAAACGAAAGAGACGUAAACCAUCGGAUGAUUCAGGAAUUGCACCAAAAAGGAAGAAAUUGAUGUCAGAAGAAAAAAAGCAGAUCAGUUGUGUUGGCCUUGAAGCUGAUCGUUCCAAAUGUGGAUCAAUUUUACAUGAGAAGCAUUCUAUAACGAAAAUCCUGGUCGAGGAUAUAAGGCUCCAAGUUCACGCAAUUGCAAGAGAGUUGGGGAUGAUUAGAAAAAGUGAGUUGAAGAGUAAAUCUAAUGACGAAGGAAAGUGCGAAUUGAAUGAAGAGCUUCUUGAGAACAACAUAAUGGAAGUACUUGAAACUUUUGUACUGUCUCAGAAUGAACCGGGUUCCAGAGCAAACACUGUUCUGAGAGAGACCACUAAAAGUAUUAUGCACGCCAUUAUAGAACAGUACAUAAAGGAUUCUGUUUGUGAUUAUGAGGCAGAUGCUGCAGUUGACUCGCCUUCUACAUCUGAUAGCUCCAAUAUGUUUCGACUUUAUGUACAAUAGUUUGUAUUAAUAAGAUAAGCGAUUUUUAUAUUUAUUUUACGAACUUUUGGUGGAACUUGUAGAAAUAAAAUUGUAAUAUUGUUGGUAUAAAAAUGUAUAUGUGCGAGUUGUGCGAUUCGAAUAAUGUGGCCAAUAAAUUUAUGGACGUCUA